AUGCCACCGGUACACGCACUCGACAACCGAAGCUUGAAGAAGUACGAGCACGAGCACAGAAGCGAGCAGAUGGCGGACCGCGCCGGGCAAUCAGGCGAUCGGGCACAGCUGACUCUCGUCGAGAUCUUCCGGGCGGCGUACAAGGAAGUGGGCGGCGCAGGCUCCGAACAUGCCACCACGAUGAGCGAAGAUCGCCCUCCUCUCUCGGACGACGAGGUGGUCGCGCUCGUCCGCAAGACCAUCGAGCAGGUUCGCGAGGACACCACCCGCCGCACCGAGCCCGACGUCGUCAAGGACCUCGCCCAGCCUGGCAUCACCAUUGAUCUGGGCCACCAUGGCAUCCGCCGCUUGCCCGAGGAGGUUAUCGACAUUAUCAAGGCCGAUAUCGAGAGGCUCGCGCUUUCGCAUAAUUCGUUCAGCACCCUGCCCCUCCGCAUGUCAGAAUGCGCCCGCUUACGAUACUUGAAUGUUCGCUACAAUGCUCUGCGCGAGUUCCCUCCGGCGAUUCUACAAUUGCCGACGUUGGAGAUUCUCGAUGUCAGCAAGAACAAGAUCAGGGAGAUUCCCGACGAAAUAUCGAACCUCACGUCGCUGAAGGUUCUUGCUAUUCAGCGGAACAGGAUCGAGCGGCUUCCCGUAUGCCUUGGUGAUAUCAGCAGUCUGCACAUGCUGAAGCUUGACGGCAAUCCCAUUGUUUUCCCUCCGCCCGAGGUAUGCAGCAUCAAAGACAGGACACCGACCCCGUCGGGCGACAAUGAGCGGGAUGCUCUCAUCACAACUCAGGUUAAAAGAUACCUCCGCCAAGUUGCUACACGCGAACGCCUCAAAGUUGAGUCUGAGGGAGACUCAAGUGAGAGCAACGUGGAAACACCUCGUCCGACCCGAUCGAAAGGAGGCGGUGGUGGCGGCGGCGGCGGACGGUUUCCAGUCAAGCCUAGCAUCAGCAGCUUGGACGCAUUCGGAGACACGAAGCCUAAGUCCGACUCUCCCAGCAGUACUCCUGCGCCUCCCAUCCCGGCUCGCUCCCAUUAUCGAGUUCAGUCACAGCAGAAUGCGAGUAUGCGCCGCCCUCCUGUUGGGCCCCUCACGUCAAACGGCAACGAGCGCAAUCGCAGCCAUAGUGAGGGGGCUGGGGCAGGAAGUAUGCGCUCAAAGCGAAUGGGAAUGGUAACACGUAAGGCGACAACCGAUCUUGCGCCGGUGAACGAAGGGCGGCCCAACGGUCCGGCGCACUCUCGCGGUUUCAGCCACGGCUCAGCUCUUUCUGAAUUCCAAGGCAAUGGCUUCCCUGGCUCUUCAUCAAGCGGCGAUCAAUCCAGAUCCAGACUCAAUUCCAUUCGCCCAUUGUCGGACCUUGUGGAGCACAAGCCAUGGUCCGGCGAGUACGAUGAUGCCGUCCAGGCAUGCCGCCUAUCCGCCGAGUCUGCCCUUGACUUUCUCGCUCCCACCGAAAGAUUGUUGCGACGUGUCAACCUGCCAAGUCAGCACGCCCUCAUGACCCAGUUUCAGAAAACACGAGCAAGCGCCUAUGCCCUGUCUGAGCUGGUCAACCGCUACAACGCUUUGACAGAAGAUCAAGAGGAUGAGGCAGAUUACCUGUUCAGCAAGCUGCUGGAUGAAAGCGAAGCCUGCAUGGAUCUUCUGAUUGACUUGGAAAUUCAGAUGCAUGACUCGGAGGACGAAGUGGGUAGAGCAGUCAACGAUCCCGGUGUUCGCAGCGCUUGGCGAGCGCAGAUCAAUGCGCAGUACAUGGGUGCGGUGGAGGCUCGCAAUGCUUGCGAGGUACUGGGCGUAGAGUUCGCAGAGCCCACCAAGACGGAUUCCCGCUAUGCCAGGUCGUCUACUACGCCAACUCAGACAAUGCCAAACCCAGAUCAGCGGCUACAGGCAACACAAGGGAUGGGGUUCGAAACUAACGGCACCGCCAAUGGGGUCUAUGGCCUUACACCGCCAAUGCAUCCGAACGGCCGCACCAACACGCUGACUAGCAUCGCAUCGGCAGCUACCCCCCGCUCGGGCGAGUCCUUUGCUACCCUAGGCUCUGUCGCAAUGUCGCGCACCAAUACCAUGAGAAGCAUGGAAGAUGCAGACGAAGAGCAGAUCUUCGAACGCAUCUGGCAGAAGCUCAGACACGCCUGCUCCUUCACCCUGCAGAACCUGCCGGUGUGCCACGAACGAUUCGAGCAAGCAUGCAUCGCCGCGCGGGAUGACGGUGAGCGUGGCCACAUGGCGUACCCCAGAUGGAUGCGAGUCUUGGAGCGAUCCACAGAAGCUCACCAAGCGGCAACGUCACUCAACGAGGUCCUCAAGACGAUCAAAUUGAGAGAUGCGGAAUUCCGCAACUCGCAGCGAUUCUGGGAACUCUGUACAGCAUGGGUCAAAGCGUGGAGUGACCUGGCCGUGGCGGUCAAGGGACUCGGACAGAUGGGACAAUUGCCCGAAGAUAUCAAGCAAGUCAUGAAGCCUGUCCAGAAGGCUGUCAAGGAGGCGGGAGGCGCGAUUACCGCCUCACCAUGGAGCCACCUUGCUGUGCGCAACGAGUCUUCGGCAGUGUUCCCACCUCAAUCGGCCCUGUCGAUGCGUUCUUCCGACACUCGUCACCUGGGUCACAGUUUCAAUGGCCUUAGCACAUCUUCUAUACCUGGCCCGAUCAACACGUCCAUUCCCACCAACGCCAACUACAAUCACUCCGCUACUCCCUCAUCUUCCAUGGGUUUCGUUACGCCUGUGCCCGCUACUCCUCUGAGCGCUGCGCUUGGUGCAGCGGCACAGGCCACGGUGCCGAGUACACCUGGCCAUGCACCGACUUCCACGCCUGUUGAUCCCCCUAUGACGGGUCGAUUCGCUGGCAACGUCUUUGAGAGGGCUGACCGCCUCCUUCAACAAACGCAGCGCCGCAUCUGA